GUUACGUGUUCACCAAAAUGGAUGAUUGUAACAGUAAACGUAAAUUCCACAUCUGCAACAGUGUACUUAGAAAAGCUCAAACUAUAUCCAGGUUGUCAGCCUGAACAACUAGAAGGAACUACAUUUUUAUUUAGGUUGCCUUUAGAUAACAUUUAUUCAUGUGGUACAACAAAAAUGCUCAAUAAGCUUACGGGCGUUCGCAUUUAUUAUCACAGAAUCAUGGUUGAACAUCCGAAAGAAGAACUGCAGAUGAUUUUGGUAUCAUGCAGUUUGCCUCCUACCCACAACACAUCUAAUCCAGAGGUGAUGCUGACCAGAUACCGUAGAAAUAUCCUCCCAGAGAAUUUUGUAGAGCCUGACCAUGUGAACAUCACGGAUUACAUUGUUGCGCAGGCACCAGUGCCAUACCUUAACAUCGCCGUCCGGCAACAUGGCCGUAUUUUAGACACGACGCUGAAUGUUCAACCUGGAACACCACUGGAAAUGCUUAUUUAUCUGGACAAAAAAAGUGCUGAUACUUAUGGGUUGCUGACCAGUUUUCUAAAGGUAACAGACAGUUCACCAGAACAGGAAGAAGUGAUAAUAAUGAACGGAUGUUCCAUUGAUCCAUACAUUUUUGGCAACUUCCAGUCCCUAGAAAAUGGCGAUGCUCUUUCUGCCAAAUUCCGGGCUUUCAAAUUUCCUGAUGCCAACUAUGUCCUCUUUGUUGGCACAGUCAGCGUAUGCCUUCAGCAAUGCAAAGGCGUGCCAUGUGGCAAUGGUCAGUUGGGCUACGGCAGGAGAAAGCGUUCCAUACCUACAGAUAUACCUCUUGAUCCAAACAAAGUGUUUGAAGUUGAGAUGACCACAUUUCUCAGGGUGGAUUAUGCCCCAGAACAUUUCACUCUUAAUAAAGGUGCGCUGAAAGGUGAUUUUGUUUCACAACAGAAGAAAACGUCUCAAGUAACUAACAUCACUACUUAUAGCACAACAAACGAGAUGGCAGCGCCUCUUGUCAACAGUGCCAUAUGUUCAAUAAGUUGUCCAGUCUCUCUCCUUGCUGUACUUAUGAUUAUACAGUUACACAGUCACAUUUGUUGGAUGAACUGGAAGUGAACUGUAUUGCAUCACGUGUGAUUUAAAGCCUAAU